AUAAAAAGAACAGCCACGUUACAUAAUUCAAAUAGGAAUAUUUGAUCAUGGCUCGGUUACGGCAACUUUGUUCUCAAAUAUGCCUCGGAUUACUAAUUUUAGGUGUCAAUGGUCAAAGUCCAACUGUGACCCUGGACAACCUGGGCACUUUGAUUGGAAAAGAGAUGACCACAAUUAAAGGAAGAAUUAUUCACGGAUUCCAAGGCAUUCCCUACGGAGAGACAACAGCUGGAGCCAACAGAUUUCAACCACCCAUUCCAAAACAAUGGAGUGGUACUCUAGAUGCCACAAACCCGGGAGCCAUGUGCAUUCAGCCUGAUUUGGGUGUUUUGAGGCAUCAACCAGGAGCGCCUAUCACUUUUGAAGGUGGUCGUAUUGCCACUAUCGGGUCUGAAGAUUGCCUCGUGCUCCACGUUUACACUCCAGACCUUUUGCAUAACAAAAAUUUGCCAGUUUUGGUUUAUUACCACGGUGGUGGAUUUUUGAACGGAGAUGAGCGUGACUUCAGACCAGAUCACCUUCUCGACCAGGAGGUUAUUUUGGUUGUGCCACAUUACAGACUUGGACCACUCGGUUAUCUUUCGAUGCAAAAUGAUUUGAUCCCGGGAAAUGCCGGUCUUUUGGACUCAGUUGAGGUUUUGCGAUGGAUUCAGCUCCACAUUUCCAAAUUCGGCGGAGACCCAAACCGAGUGACCGUUUCUGGGCAAAGCACCGGCUCGACUCUUUCCCACUACAUGAUGAUUACCCCACUCACUGAUGGUAUCGUUCACGGUGCCAUAAUGAUGAGCGGCUCAACGUUGACGUCGCUCGCUUACGACCGCACGCCGCUCAAGAGUGCCAGAGACAUAGCCUCAUUUGCAAACUGCCCAGUUGGUACCGACGACGAAGUCACUCAGUGUCUGCUCAACUUGUCACCCGAGGUCUUGGUCGACGCCCAUGUUAAUUAUUAUAGUGCCGGAGGAAUCGGAGGCACCCAGCCUGUCAUUUCGCGACCUGACGAGCCUGCAGAAACCAAAGUUUUGCCCGACGAUCCCAAAGUGAUCGUGCAGUCGAGCAAUUACAAGGCGGUGCCCAUGCUAGCUGGAGCCACCAGACACGAUUCCAUGUUUUACGUCAACACCCUGGAUGUUGUUUUGACCGCUCUUAAUUUGACUGAAAAUGAACUUUUCAUCAGAAAAUUGCUAGCCCGUGAAGUUAUUGAGUUUGCUGGGAUUGUGGAUACGACUGGUUCAAUUAGCGAUAUGACGGACUCCAAAUACUUAUCAUAUGUUACUACUGAGCAAAGGGGAAAUUACACAGCCCUUAUUCCUGGCUUGCUGGAUAUCCUAUCAACCGAAUUCAUGAAAGCUCCGGCCUAUCGAAUCGUCCAAAUAAAUUCCCGACGGGCCGAUAGUUAUUUGUACACUUUCAGCUAUAGAGGCCGUUACCACAUUCCGGGCAACGGCAUCAAUUACCCGCCGACGCUCUUUGAAGAUGGCGUUCCUCAUAGCGAUGACAUGAUUUACCUCACGCCCAGGAUAUCCGACCCUUUCAACGCUGAGGAACUCGGCAUGGUCAAUGUGUUGACCACUCUAUGGUCCAAUUUUGUCACCACAGGAAACCCGAAUUUGCCAGUGCAGCUCGGCCUUCCACAGUGGCCCAAAUAUGACCUGGCCCAAGAGUCUUACUACGAAAUUAAUACAGCCAGCAUCGCCAAACAGGACUACACUGAGGAGUUCCUCGUCGCCAUUUACGACAAUUUGCCUUAUUCAAAAGCAGCCGGAAGACAAUGAAUGUGAAAAGUAAAAAUUUCUCUAUUUACACUAAAA